AUGGCAUGGGUCCAAUCCAUUUCAAGACGAUCUCUCCAUAGAGCGCGAUCGGGUUUAUCGGCAUUGAGGUCAAGGUUUAGCCACCGUUCUAGUGAAGAAGACAGCGAAGACAGCCCCGAGCAAAGUUUCGUUAGCCCCGUUGCUCUCAGACGCGAAAGACAACGCCACGGAGUUUCAUCCGGGGCGUACACCUCAGAUACACAAGAGGACGUGAACUUUGGCGCUGAACUAUCUCGCAUGAAUCUUCCAUUGUCUUCAUCGUCGUCCAAGACUGAUGUGGAGUCUCUUCUCCGCCGCGCCUCAUCCUUGAGAUCGAUACCUGAUUCGUUUAUAACAUCUCCCGGGCCUCCAUCUACACCCAUAUUUUAUCCACCCACCCGAGCUGUAAGUAAUUCGGGGGUAAACUCGACUUGUACACUAGCCACCGACCAUGCUCUUGACUUCCAAUUUGGAGGAACUGGAGAAUUGGGGGCGAAUAUGGAUUCUGAAGAUCACUUUGCUCACACCACGUCAUCAACAGAGAACGAUUUGAUACGGCCAACAUGGGGCAUUGCAAUCUCUAUUGACAAAGAGAUUAAAAUGCCCGCUCAUGAACUGGAAGAUCCUCAGCCAGUUUGUGAAGAGCAGCAGACAACAUACCUGCAGCAAGAAAAUAUCAAUCAUGCAAGUUCAGAUACACAAAUCAGUGAUGAUCAACCAAGCUCAUUCCCCAUCUCGAGUCAGUCCUCCGCCGAAGUCCGAUUUGCAUUUCCAGGAAUCUAUCAUGAAGCGUUGUGCCAGUGGGCAAGACAACAUGAUAGUCCCAGCCCUAGUCUACACACCCCCACUCUCAACGAACACACUCCCAAUACCAGUCAACACAGUCCAAGCCCCAGUCAGCACAGCCCCAGGCUCCAUGGACAAGAAGAACCCCCUUGCGACUCCCAUAUCCCACUCGAAUGCAUCACGCGUCAGGAUGAUACAUACAGCAACCUGCCAUAUGAUGAAUACGAUGAAGGUACCAUACCUUUGGUGCCUCCGCAAACCCCAAUUACCCAUUCUGAAGAGAUACAGCCAUUAUCUUAUGCGAAUCCCCUCAAUUGCAUUUCCAACCGAAAUCUUGUCGAAAGAUGGCCAUCUAUCUUCGAAAGACCAACCACACAGCGCUCAAGUGUUGAAGAAUAUUCAAGCCGUUACACACCCGCUGGUACAACAUCACGAGAUAUGACUUCAACAGAAAUGACUUCAAUGGAAUCAAUGACAAACGACACAUGGUCCCCAUGGUCCCCGAUCGACUCUGAACUCCUUUUCCCAAGCCCAGUGGAAGGUAGAAAUGAGUAUUUCCUUGUUGACGGCAAAACAACCAGCCAUUAUCCCGACACAGGCAAUCACCCAGUAAAAUCUGCACAGCAUACCACGAGCAACUGUGGUAAUACCAGAGCACAUCAAGAACUAACUGAGCUGAUCUCUCCAGGGAUCGUGUCCCUACCGCUCAUAUCUGGUGAUAUUCACGGUGCAGGCUUGGAAUUUGUGGAAGAGGAUACGGACGAUGAGUUUUAUCCUGGAAUUGUGCAGCCAAGACAGUUCUGGUGA